AUGUGCAUUGUGGUAGCCUCUAUCCUCAUGACCAAGCCUAGCGUCAAGCGCACAAUGCGCACCUACCCUGUGUUCGGACUCGAGAAAAGCUCCAUUCUCCGCCAUCCGAUGUAUCUGUCCCUUCCAGCGGCGCCAAGGGUUCCCGAUACUGAGGAGGAGUUAAGCGAUAGCAUUCGCUCAAACUGGGACAACCAUGUACCGGAGAAAUUCUGGAGCUACCGAGGCGUGGCCGGUGCUGACGACUCAUACGGUUUCAUUGUUGAACUGGAUCCAAAUGGAUCGUGGCGAGCCGCAGGACAACAUGUUGACUUUGGACGUCUCAAACAGUUGAUCGGGGACCCUGCUGAAGAGAAAACCCCUACAACAGCCCGUCAGCUGCCUACAGGUAUGAGACUGAUAAAUGUCCACACCCGCCAAAUCAUCUCCGCAUCUCCGCACCACGAGUACGUCGCACUGUCUUAUGUGUGGGGCUCGGGAUCCGGCCCGGACCAGCCGCAAGAACGACUGCCAGACCAGGUCCCAAGGACGAUUGAGGACAGCCUGCGUGCGGUAGCGAGCCUAGGACUCGAGUACAUCUGGAUCGAUCGGUACUGCAUACAUCAAGGCGAUUCCAAAGAGAAAGCCGCACAGAUCCACAUGAUGCACCAAAUCUACCAGAAUGCCUACGUCACCAUUAUCGCAGCUGCAGGAUCCGGCCCCGAUCACGGCCUGCCCGGUGUGAGCUGCCUAAGGUCAUGGCCCCUUCGCGCUGUCAUUGAUGGUCGUGUCUUUCUCGCUGUUCGUAAUCCCGAAUAUACGAUUACUCAGACGGUAUGGGCAACGAGGGCUUGGACAUUCCAGGAGGAUAAGCUCUCGAAUAAGAAGCUUUUCUUUCUUGACGAUGAAGUCUUCUUCCAGUGUUCUCGAUCGAAGAGAAGUGCUUUGGAAGGGCACGUUCGAAACACUCAGCCACUUCAGGUCUUUGAACCAGAUGGCGGCAACUCAAGCGAAGACCGUAGGGCUACGAUUCUGUCUGACCUUUGGGGGAGCAUCACGACUCUGAACAACCGGAACAUCUCGUUCGAGAGCGACAGGGUAAACACAACCCUCGGCAUCUUCGGCUACCUAACCGACCACGGGCUCAUCGCCGGCCACGUUUGCGGAAUCCCAAUCCUUUCCACAUUGGGAAGCAUCGGGGAUCGGAAGAGCGUAAGAAGCUGGACUGAGGGUUUCAUGACCAGCCUGCUCUGGGGCACAGGGCAACGAUCUGCCCGCCGCGGGCGACGCGCCGAGUUUCCGAGCUGGACCUGGGCCGGAUGGUUCGACGAAAUAGAUGCACCGAACCAACGCUGUCUACACGACAACGUCACGGUCUCUCUGGAGAUAAAUGAGCGGCUGCUGUCCGCCCAGGAGGCCCAGCAAGCCCUGAACGCAAAGCCCUCACUCGGCCUGGCUAUCCGGCACAUCCAUAUCGAGGCUCCGGUCGCGCAGUUCAAACUCGGCAGCUCGUUUAUGAAAUCUCUGUGGUACCUUGACAAUGAAGGGCGUGCUCGGAGAACAGGCGCAGGCAGGACGAGCUUUCAGAUGGAUCCGGACCGAUUGCAAUACGGCGUCCCGAGCGGCAAUGCUGGCGAGACUCUGACGCCAUACGCGUGGCUUGGUUUGUUGUUCACCGGCUGUAAGGACGCUGGCAGAUCUGCAUUCGUGCUUCUCGUUCAGGAUCAUGGAGAUUAUUUCCAGCGUGUAGCAUUGUGCGAAAUUCGCUUCGCAGACCUACUGUUCGACCCAAUCCUCGAGGACCACGAUGGGAUCUCAGUCUUUUCCGAUGACGGAGAGAGCGAGCUUGGAAGAAAGCAGGUUGGAAUACCUAAAUUACUCGUGCAGAUGCGAUCCGUGAGACUCGGAUGA